CUAAAAAUUAAAUUACAACAAGACAUGUAAUGGAUUAAUAGUGUACGAUAAUUAAAAAGAGUGUCAUUUUUUAUAAAUUACGAAAAAGUUACUUAUAUCUGAACUAAGAAAUGUCAUAAAUAUCACAAAACGGAAGCAGAAGAAAUAAAAUUGAAAGAGAGAAUGAGAAAGAGUAAUAUUUCAAACGUGAAGAUAGAGAAAUGAACAUUUUUUUGCUCAUUGGCAGUUGGAAGAUAAUGGUGUUAAAUCAUGUAUCUGCUCUGCAUGCAUACAACUUUCCCCUGAAGCAAAUAAGAAGAGAAACCUUUGUUUGAGUUAAUGAAUUAAAAACUAUUUGAAAGUGGUCUGUAGAACAGUAUAAAUCAGAGAGAUGACAACCGAAGUUACAUAGUCACAACCUUUCGAAAACUUAAAAGAAUUAUUCGAUAACGUGGGUAAUUUGAAACCAUGGCCCGAAAUUGAAUAACUAGGAGAUUCAACUGAUUAUGUGUACAGUGGUUUAGAAAUAAGCGCAGAAAGAACGCAGUUAGAAAAAUUGGAUAGAGAAGUACAUCCGAAAACGUUGCUUUGUCAUGAUAUGAAAGGUGGCUGCCUAGAAGACAGAUUUAUAUACGGAUCAGAAUCUUAUGAUUCUUACCUAUUUUAUCACUGGAGUGUUAUUGACACGUUUGCGUAUUUUAGUCAUCAUUUCAUAACUGUGCCACCUUUUGGAUGGAUUAAUGUAGCACAUAAUCAUGGUGUAAAAGUUCUUGGUACUGUAAUUACAGAAAGAGAAGGUAUCUGGGAUGUAAUACUUGAAUCUCAGGAAGAAGUAAGAAGAUUUGCAGAUGCACUAAUACUUGUUGCAAAAUUUUAUAAGUUUGAUGGCUGGUUAUUAAAUAUUGAAAAUACCAUUAAAAGCGAGCAAGUUCAUAAUUUAAUUUAUUUUGUAAAAUAUCUAACAGAAAAUAUUCAUGAAGCAAUUAGAAACUCUGAAAUUAUAUGGUACCGUAGCGUAUCCAAUGAAGGAAAAUUAAAUUGGCAAAAUAAGCUUAAUAGUAAAAACAUAGAUUUCUUUUUAAACUGCGAUGGCAUUUACUUGAAUUAUAACUGGACGAAAUCAAAAUUGGAAAACAGUUUGGCACUUGCAAAAAAUCACAGCAGAGAUAUUCAUGAUAUUUAUGUAGGACUUGAUAUUUGGGGAAGAUGUAGUCCUGGCGGUGGUGGAUUUAAUUCAACAUAUGUAAUUACAAUAUUACGUGCAGAUAAGGGGAAAUGGAGCUUUCAGUUGUCACGAUAAACCUAGCAAACAAAACGCGGCUCUUCAUGUAUUCUGUUUAUUCUAUUUACAUCGCAGGCUCUUAAGUUUCUUAUUACAACGUCUUUGCCGCGGAAUGAGACGCGCUUUUCGAAAAACUAUAUCCGUGCGAUACAAUUUUUUCAUCCGCGGUGGUGAUUAUAACGCGAGACACGUUCCCUGGAGCAGCGCGUUAAAUAAUAACAGAGACGAGAACCUGUGACACUGAUUUAACGAGUGACAGGUGGAUCUGGUCCUCCAGUUCAGUCACACUGAUUUAGAUGGCAUUUGAUUUAUUCAGACGCAGUCGUUCUUGGAUUUGGUACUCGAAGAAAAGCUGGAUAUUUUCCUGCAUCGAACUGUCAGAAUUUGAUAUCUUUGUCCACGGGGAUAAGACCACUGAGACAACAAUAACAAAAUAGAGAUCGUCCUCCAGACCAUAAAUAAUAAUAAUCUUUAAAAUUGCUACAAGACAAACACCGAAUCUUCCGCACCUUAAAUCGGCUGAAAAAGCGCUUCGGCACUCUAUGUUACUCUAUCCCAUCGGUCAUCGAACACGGCAAAGGAUAUAGAGCCAUAAAAAUGCUUAUCAGUAAGGCCUCUGAUAGAUCCCGAGUUCUCUGCACUCAGAGAAUUAAAGAUUCCAAAACCACGUUUCCGCAAGUAAGACGAAUGCUAUACCUCUUGACCGGCGCCCUCAAAUUUUCUUCGGACGAUUCUCACCGUCUUCCAUAGUUGAAUAACCUCCUCGUGUGACAGAACAGAAGAUACAUUGUUACUGGUACCAAUUUGACAAAUAAGUCCACUUCGUGACGUCUCCGGUACCGCCGGCUUCCCAGAACUUACUAGUAACGCGAUGACAUGCCAAGAAUAAACGUCUACGCAACACGUGCUUCUGUUAUUCACGAUCUUGUGUCGUUUCUUCCUUUCAAGUUAUAAACUGUUCUUUGUACAGGUCUUUAAUUAAUAUUUAAUUUAUUAAUGCUAUUUCAUCACUUCAAACUUGUUAAACUUUUAUCACUCGUUCCAACAGCACUUGUUAUUUGUAUGUAGCGAAGCAUUCUUUAUCCGGUCUCCUUUCUACCGCGCGAAAAGUUUCGUGAAUCCCACAAGACUAUUGAGGACAAAUUUUGGAAGUGUGCGCCGAAAUGUGUAUGAUGAUCUUCUCAGAUUCCCAAAUUUCAUAAUCUUGAAAAUGCAGAUUUUCGUUGAGCCGCUGGAACAGGGUCUGUACCUUCACCUGAGGAAACAGGGCUAGUAACCGCUCCGGCUCCGAUGUCUCAGAGAAUUAUUUCACAUCGGUAGAUUCGUUAAUUUAAGUUGCUGAAUGAGAUAGGUUAUCAGGCUUCGAUAUCUUCAACGCAGUACCAAUAUAGCUAUAGCUCCCGCAAAGAUGCACAUUCUUCUUCUCCUUGAUGCUCAAUGAUCUCUUGUACCAGCAUACUUUUCUAAGAUAUGGAAGAUGGGGAAAGUAGUUCCCUUGCUGGGGAAGGAUAAGAACAAACCAAAUCCAGUCAGGUACAGAUCAAUGAGUUUGCUGUUUGCAGAGUAUCCAUUAGUAAGGUCUUUGAGAGUGUGAUACAGAGACUCAUACCGUUUCAUUGUAAAGAGGCUGCCAUUCCUCCCGAUCUGCAAUUUGGCUUCCGGGUCAAAUACAGUAAGGUCCACGCCAUAAUAAAAUUCGUGACAGGCGUCUGCUGGUAGCAAAACUCUACUCAUAGUCCUGGAAAGGGAUUUUGACAUGUUUCGAUCGAGCGGUUUGCUAUAAAAGCUGAUACGAUACGGUUUCUUUAAACAUGUAGUUCAGGUGAUUUGGUCCACAAUCUUCGAAAUGUGUCUCAUUGGAUGUCAAGCUCGAAUAUCGUCUUCGGAGUGAAUAACGGUCUGCAACAGGGAACGUUCAACACCUCCAUCCUGUUCAAUUUGUAUUUUAGUCGUGCUUCGAGCCUCUUCCAUCUGAAUAGCGACUUUAACCUAUGCGCGUUAGUAUUUGCUAAUGGCCUCCUCAUUUACGCGACGGGAAUGUAUUCAUCCAAAAUUAAUUCCAAGCUACAGGAAAUUUUCGAUCGAAUUAUGGUUUGCUGUGGUAACUGAAAGUUCCGUACAUUCUCGCUGAUUUCUUAUCACCGGCAAUAGCCUAGGGGCUCCGUUCCGCAUAAGAAAAUGGUCAAAUAUCCCGGUAUAUAUUUGUAUUGCAAAUUACAGAUUACACAGCACGUUAAGACGCAAAUGUAAAAUAAAUCAGAAAAGACUAUUAUAGCAAAUAAAGGUUCGGUCCUCUCAAAGCA